GAAAAGAGAACCUGACUAAAAAUUAUAAACAUCCGGUAAUGAACGUCCUAAUUAUUUUCAGCCUAAUUUUUGACAUCUGGCGUCCUAAAAAGAUAAAGUAAAUACAUAGAUUGUGAUUUGCGUGUAAAACUUUGCACUUUCAGUUAGGUUGAAUUGAACGGCGGUCAUUUAUUGAACUGUCAUCCUCGGGCAUGGAGAGAAUAAGUGUACUUGCCAAGCAUCUUUCAGUUUCUGAUCGAAACGGAGUAACCCCUGAAGCCACAGGCAGCACGAGAGAACCGCCUAGAUUUCCAAAUAAGCCUGAUGAUAUUGUUGUAGUAGCUGCUGUAAGAACACCGAUCGGUAAAUCAAGAAGAGGCUUCUUUAAGGAUACACAUGGAGAUGAUCUGCUGUCUGCAGCUUUCAAUGGAAUCCUUAAAAGUGUUAACAUCAAGCCAGAUGAGAUUGGUGAUAUAUGUGUCGGGAAUGUAAAUGAUAAUAAAGCCUCUGUAGGAACCAGAUUUGCUCAGUUUUAUAGUGGUAUACCAUACACAGUACCAGCAUCUUCUGUGAACAGACAAUGUGGAUCAGGACUACAGGCUUUUAUGAAUAUUGCUGGGGGAAUCAAAAAUAAAUCUUACCCUAUAGGAUUAGCAGGAGGGGUAGAAAUGAUGACCAAAGAUCAAAUUGGUAAAGGAUUUGAAGAACUCAAUUCUAAGGUUAUGGAUUAUGAAGAUGCAAAGAAUUGUCUUAUUCCAAUGGGAAUAACAUCUGAGAAUGUUGCUGAGAGAUAUGGUAUAACCCGUGAACAACAGGACAAAUUCUCUAUGAGCUCACAUCAAAAAGCUGCCAGGGCAACAAAAGAAGGUCAUUUUAAAGCAGAAAUAAUUCCUGUAACUGUUAAUGUGACUGACAAAAAUGGCGAAGAAAAAACUAUAACAGUGACCCAAGAUGAAGGAAUAAGACCAAAUACAACAAUGGAGGCCCUGAAGAAAUUGAAGCCAGCAUUUAAACAAGGGGGAUCAACUACUGCAGGAAAUUCAAGUCAGACAAGUGAUGGUGCUGCAGCUGUUCUCGUUGCUAAUCGUGCCGAGGCCGAGAAACGUGGACUCCCUAUUCUUGGAACAUUACGAGCAUUUGCUGUUACUGGUGUACCACCAGAUGUGAUGGGUAUUGGACCUGCUGCUGCCAUCCCAGAAGCUCUUAAAAUGGCUGGUCUUACCAUAGAUGAUGUUGACAUUUAUGAAAUUAAUGAAGCCUUUGCCAGCCAGGCUGUAUAUUGUGUAGAUAAACUUGGCAUUCCCCACGAGAAAGUCAACCCUAAAGGAGGAGCCAUUGCCUUUGGACAUCCUCUGGGGGCAACAGGGGCCAGAAUGAUAGCUACUCUAGUACAUGAGCAAAAAAGACGAGGAAAAAGGUCACUAGGUGUUGUUUCAAUGUGUAUGGGAACUGGUAUGGGAGCAGCAGCUAUAUUCGAGUACCAGCCAUGAAUAAUUAUCAUGUGACAAAAACAAUCUGGUUUCCUGCCCUACUAUUGUUUAGGGGACCAUUCUAUUAUUUAAAAAAAAAUGAAUCGUGCAUAAGUGAUAUGACUAUGGCAUUUUUAGAAAUCAUGAUACUUGAAAGAAAAAAACACAACCAUUAAUUUGAUAAAAAAAAUCUAUCAUUUUAUCAAGAUCAUUUGUCUUAUGCAAUAGGAAGCAAGUCUCUUGUUUUUCUUUUGUGUUCAACUUAACAGGAAUAAAUAUUAUGAUAUUUUAUUAACUUCAGCAUCUCACAAUUACAGGAAUGUAUGAUUAUCAAGAAUUUACUAACCCAUUACCAUGCUUAAUCAUCUUAUAUGGACUUGUAUAUCUUUCUAUCGGGACAAAACCUUCCACCAUUUUUAAGGAAAAAACAAAAUAAGAUCUGACUGAAAUAGUGAACAGGUCAGACAUUGAUCAGAGAGCAUGGAUAGGAUUGUAAGAUGGACAAGUUCAUUUAAGAUAUUAAGAGUGGUAAAGGGUAAAAUUGUUGAGAUAUUUUCAGAAUUUAGUUUUUACAUACAUUUCUCAACGGUGUAGAGUAUAGUAAGACUGCAGGCAGGACAGACUCUAUACUGGUAUCAGAGGUCAGGUAUUGAUAUCCUUAGCUAAAUGAUUAAGUUACUGAAUUAUAUUUGGUUGAAUAAUAUAUAUACAAUAUAUUUUACUUAAAGUUGAAAAAUAAUUUUUAUUGUUUGUGCUAAACUAUAAUCAGAAUUUAUCAUGUUUUAUUGUAAACAACUCAAAGAGGUCUGAUAAAUAUUUGUUAAUUCUUGUUAAUAUGAAAUAUUAAAUUAUGUGAUAAAAAAAAUAAAUGAUACAAUCUAUGAUCACUA